UGCCAAAAAGUUAUUUACGUUUUCGAAUUUCCUCGAAGAUCGACCAGGAAUGGUGCAAGGACUUUACCACGCGAUCUGAUACUUUAUACAGGAAAAGGAGGAAGAAGACAUGAAUGAUGGAGAACUACACAAAAGGUGAAACAAGAGAAGUAGAGAUGGAGCCAGUGUUUGAAGUCAAUGAAAACUGUGUAGACAUGAAAGUUAACGCAGGCAGCAAAAUCCGAAACGUGAUGGGAUACGCAAUGAAUAAAGUCAAGAACCCCUCAGUGAAGAGAAUUGUGUGGAAUGGAUCAGGCAAGGCCAUCACUAAGACAGUUACUUGUGCAGAAAUCAUGAAGAGGAAAAUUAAGGGUCUUCAUCAAAUUACGAAGCUCAGAAACAGAAGAAUUGAAGAGUUCUGGGAACCAAACAUUGAAGGACUAGAAAGAUUAAAAGUCAACAGAGACAUACCUGCCAUUUCUAUCUUGUUGUCCAAGGAUCCUCUAGAUGUCAACACACCUGGAUAUCAAGCCCCCGGAUCUUUUGAGGAGUUUUGGAAAUCUGAAACACAGCAGCAGAAACCAGCAAAGAAGAAGCAUAGAAAAUAUUACACCAAAAAGGGUAUUGACAGUGCUAAAAAUAAGAACACUGAGACAUCCAAAAGCUGACAGAAGAAGAUCGAGGUCUGCUUCACAGGAUAACAGAGAUACAAAGAUCGAACAAGACACUCAUGGGGAACUAGUUUCAUUUUGUACUUUCAACUUUAUUUUAGUUACAAAACAUUUAUUAACCCAGAAAAUUUAUGGAACAUUUUUUUGUCAUUUUUUAUUAGAGCUCUAUUGGUAACCAAUACAAGAGAGGUGUUCAAGUGUGAUGGAGACAGUUUUAAUUGUUAUUAAUUCUCAUCAGUAUUUUGUAAAAGUACCCUCAAUAAGAGAGUUUACAUGAUCUUAUACUUGUUUGUCAAUUUAAUAAUUUGUAUGAAUAUUAGUUUAUAAUUGACAAAUUAAAGCAUUUGUGAUUGAUC